GAUACACUAGCUGUUAAAUACAGGUCUCAGGACCGGUCUUACGACAUGCUGAACCACUUGACCACAUUUCAAUGGGAUUUGAGUGAGCUCAGUAACCUAUAGCAUCACAUCUCUUUUAGCUACUUGCUGACAUCUGAAUAAGAUUAACAAAAUGUUUGGGACUGUGGUGGUUGGAGUUGGAAUUGCUGGCUUAGCACGGAUCCGAGACUUGAUGAAUCCGAUGCCUUCCAGCCCUUCUGAGCAUCUGAAACUCCUUGGAUUUGUAUCCAGGAGAAGUUUUGGCAGUAUUAAUGAAGCCAAGCAGAUUAGCCUGGAAGAUGCUCUGAGAAGCAGGGAGAUCCAUGCAGCCUUCAUCAGUACAGAAAACAGAAGCCAUGAAGAAACCAUCAGAAUGUUUUUAGAAGCUGGGAAACACGUCCUCGUUGAGUACCCCAUGGCUUUGUCUGCAAAGGCGGCCCAUGAACUCUGGGAGAUGGCUGAGCAGAAAGAUAAAGUUCUUCAUGUGGAGCACAUUGAACUUCUGACUGAAGAGUACAAGCAGCUGAAAAAGGAAGUGGCUGGGAAAGACCUAGUGAAAGGAACCUUGCAUUUCACAGGUAGUGUCCUUGAUGAAAAGAAAGCAGGAUUCCCAGCUUUCAGUGGAAUUGCCCGAUUGACUUGGCUGAUUGACCUCUUUGGAGACCUCACUGUUACUUCUGCCACCAGAGAAGAGCAGAAGGAUAAGAAUUAUUCCAGAAUGACCGUUCAUUUUCAGACAGCAAACAAGAAACCUCUAACUUGGAUUGAAGAAAGAGGACCAGGGAUGAGACGUGAAAAGAAAAUCAACUUCUGUUUCACCAGUGGUUGCCUGGAGAACUUCCCUCAAGCCCCAAGGUCUGCUGUGGGUCUUUUCAUGCAGGAUCAGAACCUCUUUGCCAAAAAACUGCUGGGCCAGGUAUCCAAGGAGGAGCUGGCUGCUGAGAAAUGGCGAAUUUUGCGGUGUCUUGACCUUGCUGAGACAAUCCAGCAACACUGUGAACAGCCAGAGAAAAUCUGUUCUUAAGGUCACUCCUACAGAAGGAGGAACGGGGCAGACGGGAAAGCUUUAGGUCUAGAGCUCAGUGUUGCCAUCAAGCAGUUGCUGUUUCUGUUUCAUUACAUUCUCUUUGACUAGAUGUGACUCCUAGGCUCUCUGUGUGGCCUGGAAAGCCUGGGCCGUACCCUGUGCCUUCUAGUGUUAGCUGGAACAAAACGUUACCCUGCCCCAAUGCACUGCUGUCCUUACAGGCAAGUAGGAACCUAGCAGCAACAAGCUUUCUCGUGGUUGCUCCCAAUCAAUUCAGUUGGAAAUGUCCCUGAGAGCAGAUCUUGGAGGACUGCAAAUACUUGAUAUGAUUUUCCUUCCUGUGGAUGUUUUCUCCUCUAUUUAGGUAUGUCUGAAAAUGAGGGACAUAUAACAUUGCCUAGAAUGAAGUUUUAGAUGAGUUUUCCACCUCUUUACUUGAACUUGUGCCACCACACUCCUGACCUUUUCUUCCAGAUGCCCUGAACUGUUUUGUGUUUUUGCCCUAGUUGGUAGUUGUACCUGUUUGUUUGUUUGUUUCCACAUUGGGAAUCAUUUACCUUCAAAUACAAUCUACACUGGUAUCAAACCAGCGUAGAGUAAGUAAGUCUCUUAACAGAUGCCAUGUUGAGUUCGCUCACUUAAUUUCUCUGGUGCCCUGUGCCAACACAGAAGUCUUUUUCCAGCAGAGAUUGGAACAGUACACUAAAAAUGCAUCACCUGCCUACCUUCUCCAGUAUUUUGUCACAAGUCACAAUGGAUCUAUUUUUUAUUUUUUUUUGGUACUGGAAACAGCAUGUCGUUGUCCUUCAAUUGUGUGUGUCUAGUUCAGCAUAUGAAUGAAUCUCACCUAAAAAUAAUACGCAUCCUGGUAUUAAGAAAAAAUAACUAAUGUGCUCCUGGAAAUAGUACAAUUCAUUAAAAAUAGUGAUAAAAUUAGAAUAGAACUGUAGAAAAUGGAGCAAAUUGCAAAUAUAGCCAUGCAAUUAUGGAGUAUCACACCUGCGGGGAUGGGUGUUUAGCAUUUUGCAGUAGUCCCAGGGUCACAUAUGAAGACACUAUCACUUUCCUAAAGAAAAACUUUAAGGAGAAGUCUAAGCAGUGCACAAAGCUAUUAACGAUUUCUGUUUGCCUUUUACUUUCUAAUUACAGCAUCUGCCUAUGCUCUAUUAAUAUAGCAGCAAACUUUGGUCCGCACAGUUGUUCUUUCAAACACACAGUCAUCACGUCUUUACUACAUUAUCACUUCAGCAAUUUUUAAUGAGGGAGCUUAUGUGUUAUGAAUGUAUACAUAAUUAGAACCACUCCGUACUAAUGGAAAAAGGUCUUCCUUUAUUUCAGUCAUGUUCAUUCAGAAGUUGGAUAUAGUUCAGCUAGAGUUUGAAACAGGGAAGGGAAGACUGCAAUUUUUUCCAAAUGAGAUUUUAGGAGCAGUUAGAGCUUGCUAUGUGAAUGAAUUUUGCAUACGAGAUUUGUUUAAAUCUAUCUGUUAAAAUCAGUGAACAGCCUCUUACUGACUCCAGUGGAUUUGAAAUCCCUGUGGGUCGCCAGCAGAUCUGCAGCAGGCAGGCCACGUGCUUGUUCACCCAAAUGGACACACCUUCCUCAGCAUUCACAGCGACUUCUUUACCAGCGUAAUUAAUGGACAUUGCCUGGGCAGACCUGAUGCUGUAUGAGUGGGGAGGCUUUUACCCUGACGGCAUUCAUGGUAAAAUACAGAAAGUCCAUAUUGGAUCAAAGUGACAUUAAAAUCUGCUGUGUGUGUGUAUCUGCUGUGUGUGGCAGCACAAGAGAUUUCCUGUGUCUUGAUGAGCUCCUUGGCUGUGAAUGUGGGGUCAAUACCACUUGCCAAUUCACAACGGGUAGUCGGGGAGGGAUGGCAAAGGGAAGGGAGACUUCGCGCUCCCCAUCUGUAAGCAUGAAAACGGGCCCCCAAGGCUCCCUGGGCCCACUCUGCAGUUACUGACGAGGGCUGUGGAGAGCUGUAUUCCUCCAAGGAACAAAGAAUAAAUUCAUGGGACUUCUGUAGAGCAGCAGCGUAACCGUGUAGUGAAUCAUCCUCUGGAAGAAGCCUGUUCCAGUAGCGAGCGCCUGGGGAAAUUAGCUGUUUAAUUUGAGCUAGUGGAGGCAGGUUCUGGGUAUCUGUGCUCUCCUCCAUCCCCACCGUUCCUCCCAGUGAACCGGCAUGCCUUGCUGUCUGCUCUGCUCCUGGGAGCCUGGAGUGUUAAAUUGCUUUUUCUUCGGCACUGUGAAUUUGCUGAUGUACCACCAUGGUUUGUAUACAAGAGCUACUGGAUGUUGAGCUGCAAACGUAUAUAGUGUUUAACCAGAUGUCAAAUGCACCAAUAAAAGGAUUGGAGCUCUUAAUCGUU